UUCUUUUUUUCCUCAAUAUUUUUAUGAUUUUUAUUUUUUUCUUUCUCUAGUUCUUUUCUCUCUUUAGCCAAACGGUCCUGGAUUUUUCCAUGAAAUUGAUCAGCCUUUUUUAAGACAUUGCUCCAAAUAUCCUUAUGUUUCAGCAGAAUAUCCUCUUCAUAUUUAGAUCUUACUCGUCUCAAUUGGGCUGCCAUUUCCCAAUCAACUUCAUCUUCCUCUUCUUUAUUUUUCUUUCCAAUUUUCUUUUCGUAUUUGCUUUUAUCCUCAAUUUUCUUUUCAACCUUUUCUUCCUUCUUCUUUCUCUUUUCGUCAUUUUUACUCGUUAG